AUGACUAAUUUAUCUCUGAGAGAACUUAGCAUUCCAGAUUUAUGGCGGCUAGAGACAAUAGGAAUUAAUGAUCCCACUGAAACGUUGUCUAAGAAGGAAGAAGAGCUAGCCCAUGAUUUGUUCCUCAAAGAACUUACAAGAAGUGAAGACGGGCGUUACCGUGUUGGUCUUCCAUGGACUUGUAUUAACUCAAACAUUCCUUCAAAUAGAAAUGAAGCAGAAAGAAGGUUGUUUAGCACUACAAGAAGACUGCAGAAGUUAAGUAAAUUUGAAGAUUAUGACCUAGUCUUUAAAGAAUGGAAAAAAAAUGUCAUACAGGAAGUCUCAAAAAAGGAACUAGAAGAAGUAGGAGGCCAUUACUUGUGUUACCAUCCAGUUAUUAAGCCAGAGAGUGCUACUACGUCUAUCAGACCAGUUUUUGACGCCUCGUGCAAAGUUGGAAGAGCACCAUCCCUAAAUGACUGUCUCUUCAAAGGACCAAACUUGAUAGAAGAAAUUCCCACUAUAUUAUUGAGAUUCCGAGAAAAGGCUAUUGCUGUUGUAUCCGACAUUAGAAGACCCUUCCUCCAAAUUGAAGUUAAGGAAGAAGAUCGUCGAUUUUUGCGAUUUUUAUCGUGGGAGAAGGAAAAUAUAAUUAAAGUCUGUCAACAUAACAGAAUAUUAUUUGGAGCUACUUGUAGCCCUUUUUUACUCAGCGCGGUUAUAAGACACCAUUUGAACAAGUAUCCAAAACAAUUCAAAACAGUUACUGACAGACUCUUGAAGUCCUUCUAUAUUGACAACUGCGUAAUCUCCGUAGACACUGCGUCCGAAUUAGAAGAAAUUAUCUCAAAGUCAACUGGAAUUACGGCUGAAGCUAAGAUGGAUUUAAGAUUAUGGCAGUCCGGGCCGGUAAGAGAAAUAAAAAAGUUGUCAACUGAGAACAAGAGUUUGUUUAAAGAAGAUCUUAUAACUCCAGUUUCGGUUUUGGGGAUUAAAUGGGAUAGAAAGGAGGAUUGUUUAAUGAUCUGCAAUAAAUUUGACGCUGAAACAGAAAAUCCUACUAAACGGAAGUUCUUGUCUAUAACACAAGGUAUUUACGAUCCCAUCGGUUUUCUCAUCCCAUCAUUGUUGCCAGCCAAGCUAAUGAUUCAGGAGGCCUGGUCAGCUAAGUCAGAAUGGGAUUCUCCGCUUCCAGAGAAGAUCCAAAAGGACUUUCAGAAAUGGUAUAGUGAAUUGAAACAAUUAUCUAACUUGAAGGUAAACAGACGCAUAGGUUACGGAAAUAAAGAAAAAUGGUCUAUACAUGUUUCUUGCGACGCGAGUCAGAAUGCAUAUGCAACAGUAAUUUUCCUGAGCUGUGAAGAUAAUAAUAGGAUUUCGGUACAGCUUCUAGGAGCAAAAUCUCGACUUGCGCCAAAAGAGACUUUGACAAUCCCGAGUCUAGAACUUCUUUCUUGUGUUUUAGGUUCCAGAUUAGCAAACUAUAUUCGUGAAGCUCUGGAUAUCCCUACAAUACCAGUUUAUUACUGGACGGACUCCUCAACAGAUAUAGCGUGGAUACGAAGAAAUGACCAAUGGGGUACUUUUGUGGGUAACAGAAUCAGAGAAAAAUGCAAACUUCCAGAAUCAUACCAAUGGUAUCUUGUCCCAGGUAAUCUAAAUCCACCUGCCAUUUCGUGGUUGUAA